AUGAAAUCCCCGCUUUCCUUUGGAGGAGGCAAGAAGCCAAUAAUAUCCAAAAAGGAUGCUCCAGAAUCCUCCUCUUCCAAGAAAGAGGCGCCACCUCACAAGUUGGGUACAUCAUCGUCUACGAGCAGCAGCAGCAACAAGAGCAGCAACAACAACAACAACAAGUUGCAAGGUCCCAAAAUAGCCAGAGCACCUGGGAAACAACAAACCAAACAAAUGGGCAGUGUGGGGGCCGUCCGGGAAAUCAUUUACGGAAAACCAAUAAUACUGCCCUCUCCACUCCAAGAGGGAGAUCAACUGUCGUUCCGAGUCCCCGAAGCCGAUGUUUGGACAUCGAUUGCGUGCUUCACUUCGGGGGCCGGUGACGACGAUGGUGAUGCCGAUCUCCUGUUUACGGAUCCGGACCGUGACGAUUCUCGACUUUGUGAAUCGGCUGGCAUCGAUUCCGAAGAGGAGUGCUUCACGCUGUCACACCCUGGAUUCUCCUUUCGAGUGACCGUUCUGGCAUUUAGAGAGUCUACCAAUGUGGUCUUGACAUGCUACGAGCGGCCUGUACAAGACAUUACUCUGGACGAGGACAUUCCCAUCAACUUUGAUGACAUUCGACAACGAAUCUACCUUUUCUACGAUGCCGACGAGCUGGAGCACAUUACCUGUGAAUCGUUUUCACCCGAAAGCAGCGGGGGCGACGUGGAUAUGGCCCUUUUUAGCGAAGAGCCCGAUGGCACGGUAGUGGCGUAUUGUGAAUCCUCCAAUCUGGGAAACAAUGAAUCCUGCGUGACAAUCACAGUGCCCGAACCAGAAGGAUAUACCUUUGUGGUGUUGUCGCCCGAGUUUGGAUCCCUCCCGGAGGAUGAUGGUGAGCUGACGCUGCGAUGCGAAGGAAACCCACUCGAGGAAAUCACCUUGGGAGAAGCCGUAGAAGUAUCCUUUCCGUCCCCGGACAGCAUUUUUGCGUACGUGGUACAAGCCGGCAACAACACCAGUGUCUACUGUGAAACGGCGUCCUUUUCGGAGGAUCCGCAAGCCGACGUUGACUUGUACAUGGUCAGCGCGUACGACCCCGACAACUCGUGCUUGUCUCGGGGCUUGGAUUCGACCGAAGAAUGCACCGUUACGGUCCAAGAGGCACAGUACGUGCUGGUAGAGGCAUUUAUCUUUGCUGGCGAUACAUCCGAGGAAGAGAUUGGAAUGAGAUGUUUUGCGGGUCCGGUGGCAGAUCUGGAACUGGAGGAAAUGACAACAAUUUCGGUACAGACGGGAGAUCGGCAUGUCUUUAUUCUCGACGUUGGAGAACCUCCCAGUCAAGUGGUUUGUCAGCUAAUGACAUCUGGUGACAUGGAUGAGGGGACCACGGCCUUGUGGAUGAGUUUUGAGGAUCCGCUAGUGGACACAAGGUUCUGUGCAAAUGAUCUGUUUCUUCCUUGUCAUCUCGGUGUGUUCUACGAGGAUGUUCCCAUGCAGGUGACUGUCUUUGGCUUUGAGGGCGCACCUAGUGACACCGUGACGCUGGUUUGUGCCAUGGAUUUUGUGGAGGUGAACACAUUGGAGGUGGGCACCCCAACAACAUUUAUUAUGGACAACGGGGAUGCUUCUUUCUUCGUGCUGGAGGUCGCGGAUGCCCCCAGUGACAUUGCUUGCGAGACUGUUUUAUUGCAAGGCAACGAAACUGAUUUGGAUUUGUCUUUCUCCCCUAUUGGACUGGGUUAUGGAAAGACUCUUAGCCAGAAUGAUCUGGGCUCAGACAAUCUCCUCUUUUGGCCUUGGGCCGUUCCAGGUACUACCUUUUGGGUGCUCGUAGAAGAGUUUGACAGCUCCAAAGAAGUCUUGCUGCAGUGCGACCUUGCUCCUCUGGACCAGUUGGUUCCGGAUGAACCGGUUGUCCUUUCUGCAGAAGACUUGACGGGAAAUAGAAAGCCCUACUUCCUGGCCGGGGAUUCCUUCUUUGGAGAAGAAACCCGGAACUCCAAGGUAUUCUACAUGGAAGAUGUAGCGGAUUCCAUUGUGAACUGCAACUUUACGGGCACAAAUGCAGACAUGUAUCUUCGUGGUGUGGCAGCAGAUGGAAGCAUGGAAGAGCUCUGCUUUUCUAACGACUGGUGUGUUGCCGUCCCGGACAAUGCCACAGAAUACCUGUUUAUUUCGGUUGUGGACAGUGCAGAAACUGAGGUCGGUGACGAAUAUUCCAUUGUCUGCAGCGUGGUUGGAUUCGACAUUCUUGAUGAGCUACUGGAAGACAUUCCUGAUGGCUCUGAUGGGCCGUCACAGCCAGUGGAAGCCAGUGGACCAUCACAGCCAACGGAAGAAGACAGCGAAGACGAACUACCCGAUAGUCUGCCGCAACAAGAAGUGAGCGAGGACGAGAUGAUAGAAGUGGCACGGAAUGGUGGCAAAGUUGAUCCAUAUAUCUUCGUUUGA